AGCCCAAACCGAAGAGCAAAGAAUCAACAAUAUCGCUUGCUCUGUGCGCUUGGUUGAGUUGGGAGGUAAUCGAAAAUGGCGUGCUUACAUGACCACAGUUGUGAAGAUCAUGAUUGUUCAUCUGAUUGGUCUCUCUACAAACACAUCGAUCUCACCAAGGCAUCUGCUUUGAAUGAGGCAACUCCUGGCAGUGUUAAAUCAGUUUUCAAAGCUUGGGAACACCGUUUGAACACUUCUGGGGAACACUUGGAAAGCAAUGAGGGUGAUCCUGAGUUACUUGUAUUCAUCCCAUUUACUUCAGAUGUCAAGCUUAAGAGCAUAUCCAUUGUUGGUGGAGCUGAUGGAACGAGUCCUUCCAAGAUGAGAGCGUUCAUCAAUCGAGAUGGCAUUGACUUUUCUGAUGCACAGAGCAUGCAAGCCAUUCAGGAAUGGGAUUUAGCUGAGAAUAUGCAAAGAGUAUUGGAAUACCAGACAAGGUAUUCUAAAUUUCAAAGUGUGGGAAAUAUUACAUUGCACUUUCCUGAUAAUUUUGGAGGCGACACUACCAAAAUACACUAUAUUGGUCUUAAAGGCGAAGCUACUCAGUUAAAGAGGGAUGUCGUAGCCACUAUUGUUUACGAGCUUAUGCCAAAUCCUUCUGAUCACAAGACACGUGCUGAAAGCGGCGGGGGUCUUUCACAUGUCGAGUGAAAAUAUGUUCAAUGAUUUUAUUGUCACUGGAUAACUACCUUUCGAGCCGAAAAGAAUACAGAUGGAUAGCUAAAAUAUAUAACUGCUAAAUGAAAUAAUUUGAUCCUGGAGUUGAUGUAAGUUACAUAGGAAAUUCUGAUGUUAGAUACUUGUUGAUCUAGAUGGUCAAUAUCAACGACUGUUAUGUUAUGAGUUAUGACAGUAUAAAUAUCUUGUAGAACAAUGGAAACGCUAAGCAUUAUAAAUUCGGUUUUCUAUGUUGAAAGAAUAUGUCCUUUUGGCAAAAAGCAAUGGAAAGGGUUAGAUGCUAUUUUUGUUGGUA